UCCCACUGCAGCAUGGCCACAGACUCGAUGGAAAUUGACGAUGCUCUCUACAGUCGCCAGAGGUAUGUUCUUGGAGACACAGCAAUGCAGAAGAUGGCUCAGUCCCACGUAUUCCUGAGUGGUGCAGGUGGUCUCGGGGUGGAGAUUGCCAAAAAUAUUAUUCUGGCUGGGGUAAAGGCUCUUACAGUUCAUGACACCAAGCAGUGCACGAAAUGGGAUUUGGGAAUCAACUUCUUCAUCCAUGAAGAUGAUGUUGCCAGUCAAAGGAACAGGGCUGAGGCCACGCUUCAUCAUAUUGCAGAGCUCAAUCCGUAUGUCCACGUAGCAGCAUCGACUGUGCCACUGGAUGAAACCACAGAGCUGUCUUUUCUCAAGCAGUACCAGUGUGUCAUACUGACUGAAGUAAGUAUGUUGCUACAGAAGAGGAUUAAUGACUUCUGUCAUGCUCAGCAGCCACCUAUUAAGUUCAUCAGUGCAGAUGUGUUUGGAAUUUGUGCUCGUUUGUUCUGUGACUUUGGUGAGGAGUUUGAGGUGCUGGACACAACGGGAGAGGAGCCAAAGGAGAUCUUCAUCUCAAAUAUAACGCAAUCAAAUCCUGGCAUCGUCACUUGCCUGGAAAAUCAUCCUCACAGGCUUGAGACAGGGCAGUUCUUAACCUUCCGGGAAGUGAAUGGAAUGUCGUGCUUAAAUGGAUCCACACACCAAAUAACAGUGGUGUCACCUUAUUCCUUCAGCAUUGGUGAUACAUCAGCCAUGGAGCCUUACUUACAUGGGGGCAUAGCUGUCCAAGUGAAGACACCCAAGAUGUUUUACUUUGAGCAGUUGGAGAAGCAGAUAACAAACCCACGGUGCCUCGUGGUGGAUUUCAGCAAGCCUGAGGCACCUUUGCAGACCCAUGUUGCCAUGCUGGCCUUGAACCAUUUCCAGGAGAACUUGUGUCGCACACCAAACAUUGGAUGCCUUCAGGAUGCUGAGGAGAUGCUCAAAAUAGCUGUGUCUAUUAGUGAAACACUGGAAAGCAAACCUCAGGUGAACGGAGACGCAGUGCAGUGGCUGUCUAGGACUGCCCAGGGGUUUCUGGCUCCUCUGGCUGCAGCAGUGGGGGGUGUUGCAAGCCAGGAGGUUCUGAAAGCAGUGACAGGGAAGUUUUCUCCGCUGCAGCAGUGGCUCUACAUAGACAUGUUAGACAUUGUAACACCUCUAGAAAAGAUGGGCUCUGAAGAGUUUCUCCCCAGGGGAGAUAGGUAUGAUGCCUUGAGGGCUUGUAUCGGAGACUCACUGUGCCAGAAACUGCAUGAUCUGAAUGUUUUCUUGGUUGGCUGUGGAGCCAUAGGCUGUGAAAUGCUGAAAAACUUUGCACUCCUUGGUGUGGGUACUGGGCAAGACAAAGGAUUGGUUACAAUUACAGAUCCAGACUUGAUAGAGAAGUCCAACCUCAACAGGCAGUUUCUGUUUCGACCACAUCACAUACAGAAACCCAAAAGCUAUACUGCAGCAGAAGCAACUUUGACCAUCAAUCCUUGCCUAAAGAUUGACUCCUACAUUAACAAGGUUUGCCCAGCCACUGAAAACACCUACAGUGAUGAAUUCUACACCAAACAGGAUGUGAUUGUGACUGCUUUGGACAACGUUGAGGCAAGGAGAUACAUAGAUAGUCGUUGUGUAGCAAACCUGCGUCCUCUUAUAGACUCUGGAACCAUGGGAACCAAAGGACACACAGAAGUUGUUGUGCCCCACCUGACAGAGUCCUACAACAGUCAUAGGGAUCCACCAGAAGAAGAGAUUCCUUUCUGCACCUUGAAGUCUUUCCCAGCUGCCAUUGAGCAUACAAUACAGUGGGCAAGAGACAAGUUUGAAAGUUCCUUUUCUCACAAGCCAGCCCUGUUUAACAAGUUCUGGCAGACCUAUCCAUCUGCAGAAGAUGUAUUACAGAGAAUAAAAUCAGGGGAGAGCUUAGAAGGCUGCUUUCAUGUGAUUAAAACACUCAGUAGAAGACCCCGAAGCUGGACACAAUGUGUGGAGCUAGCAAGAGUUAAAUUUGAGAAGUAUUUUAGCCACAAGGCCCUGCAGCUCCUUCAUUCGUUUCCCCUUGACACUCGAUUAAAAGAUGGCAGUUUGUUCUGGCAGUCACCCAAGAGGCCACCUUUCCCAGUGAAGUUUGAAUUCAGUGAUCCUUUGCACUUUGGUUUCCUUGUGAGCGCAGCAAAGCUCUUUGCCACAGUGUACUGUGUCCCUUUCACAGAAAAGGAUUUGUCAGAGGAAACCCUUCUGAAGAUUAUUUCAGCUGUGAAGGUACCAGAGUUCAGACCUUCAAACAAAGUUGUACAGACUGAUGAAAGUGCAAGGAAACCAGACCAUAUCCCAGUCAGCAGUGAGGAUGAGAGAAAUGCAAUUUUCCAGCUGGAGAAGUCUAUAGUGUCCAAUGAAGCUCUGGAGAGUGACCUGCAGAUGAAGCCCAUCUCCUUUGAGAAGGAUGAUGACAGCAACGGGCACAUAGAUUUCAUAACAGCAGCAUCAAACCUGCGAGCCAAGAUGUACAACAUCGAGCCAGCAGACCGCUUCAAAACCAAGCGCAUUGCUGGGAAGAUCAUCCCUGCAAUUGCCACAGCCACUGCUGCAGUGUCAGGGCUGGUUGCACUGGAACUCAUCAAAGUGGUGGGUGGCUACCCAGCUGACGCCUACAAGAACUGCUUUCUGAACCUGGCCAUUCCCAUCAUGGUCUUCACAGAAACUGCUGAAGUGAGAAGAACAGAAAUCAGAAAUGGGAUCUCAUUUACAAUAUGGGACAGGUGGACAAUCUAUGGGAAAGAGGAUUUCACACUGCUGGACUUCAUAAAUGCUGUCAGAGAGAAAUACGGAAUUGAACCAACCAUGGUUGUGCAGGGAGUCAAAAUGCUGUAUGUCCCUGUGAUGCCAGGGCACAUCAAGAGAUUAAAGCUGACGAUGCAGAAGCUUGUGAAGCCAUCAGCUGAUAAGAAGUAUGUGGAUUUGACAGUGUCCUUUGCUCCAGAGACUGAUGGGGAAGAGGACUUGCCAGGGCCCCCAGUGAGAUACUACUUUGUCCAGGAAGAUAAUUGAUGGUAGAGAGA